CCCCUCCAACCUCUGAUCAAGGGAAAGAUAAAAAAAGAAACAUUUCUCAGAAUACACUUUUUCAUGAGACAUUAGGAAUACGAAUAUUACUACAGAUCUCUGAUCAGCUUCAGACUUCAUCUCUUACCAUACCAAGAACAGAGACUUUCAGGUCUCCUUGUUGAUGAUUUCACGAUGUCAGCACUUUUGAUGUACCUGAAGCAGCCGAGCUGCAUCUACUGUGCAUAUCUAUGGUUGGCAACCCUAGCUGUGGUGAAUGCACAGGAAGUGUUACAACCCAAACCUGGUGAGGUUCAGAUUUUAAAUGAAGACUCUGGAGGACUUCACUUCUUAGCAGACCAAGGAAACACAAACUAUCCAGCCCUGGCAUCAGAGCCCAUUGAAGUGGCAGCUCUAGGAAGACCUCUGUUUCCUGGUAUGCUGUAUGACUGCCGCAAGGAUACCUUCAUUCCAGGUGUUACUCUGUGGGAUAAGAAGUCACUGAGUGAAGAUUUGGACAGUCGUUCAAAGCUUAUGACAGAUCUGAAGUUCAGUAGCUCAGACUCUCUCUCUAGUAAGUCCAGUCUCCUGGAUAUAAGUGCUUCGUUGAAGGCCAGCUUCUUGGGAGGGCUGGUGGGGGUGGGAGGAUCUGCCAAGUUCCUUCGUGACACCAAAUCCUCAAACCAACAGUUCAGAGUAACAAUGUAUUACAAAGAAACCACAAGAUUUGAACAGCUCACCAUGACCCAGCUCGGCCAGAUCACCUACCCUCAGGUGUUUGACCAGAAAACUGCGACUCAUGUGGUCACAGGUGUACUGUACGGAGCUCAGGCCGUCAUGAUGUUUGAUCGGACAUCUUCAGAAGAGGAAAACAAGCAGGAGAUUGAGGGAGAACUGGAUGUCAUGGUCCAGAAGAUUCCUCUAUUUUCCAUUGAGGGAAAAGGAGCUGUAGAAAUGACAGAUAAUGAUAAGAAAGUGGCUGAGAGCAUUGCCUGCACAUUUUAUGGUGAUUUCCGCCUUGAUCAGAACCCCACCACUUACAUGGAGGCCCUAGACGUGUACAAGAAGCUCCCCACUAUACUGAAGGAGAAUCCACAGAAUGCAGUUCCAAUAAAAGUCUGGCUCUAUCCUCUUUCUCUUCUGGAUAAAACAGCUGCACAGUUGGAGAGAGAAAUCACCACGCGUCUGGUUUCCAACACUGAGAAUGUAAUGGAGGGGCUGGGACAGGCAGAGAGGACAUGCAACGACCUCUCCAGAAAAACACUGGUAAAUGUUUUCAGAGACAUCAAAGACAGGCUGCAAUCAUUUCAGAGUUCAUUUAGCAGUCACAAGACAAUGCUCCUGAAAGCUGUCAGCAGGGUCUUGCCUGCUAUACGAGGAGGAGGGAUGGAGGAGAAGUCACUGGAAGACAUCCUGAAGAUCCACUAUAGCUCCCCUUUCAAUGCUGACAUGCUUAACCAGUGGUUAGAUCAUGCAAAGUUUGAACUUAACCUCUUGAGUUCUCAAACCAAGCUGUUGGAGGGAAUCAAAAUUGAAGACUCAAAUCAUCUCAAGACCAUCCUCCUUAAUCCUGACAUUGAUGUUUUGGUGUGCUUGACCUUCACAUCUCUGAAGUAUGAAGACCCGUAUCUUUCAACCCAGAAGAAUUUUCUUGAAUCUGACAAGUUUAAAGAGCUAGAUGUGGAAAUGAAACCGCAUUCUAACACGUUAGCAUCAGAAGAGUGGUUCAAGAAUCCUGAUGUCAUCUCAAAGAUGAGAGAGAACUUGUCUCUUUUCAAAAGUUUUUCAGAGGCUAAUAAAGAUGAAAAGAGAUACCGAUUCAUUAUUUCUGCCAUCUCCGAUCCAUCCAGUCCAGGCUCCUCCAUCUAUCUGUAUGAAAAAGGGAAGCUGACAAACACACAGUUCCAGCCUGUGUCGAAGCCUCCCCCACCAGAAGUGAAGGACGUAAAGGAACACAGUGUGUCCCUGAAACUGCAGAAGUCCCCAACUGGAGAAACUGUGCAGUACAGAGUGGAGUAUAAGGAGGUAAAAGCAGCUGAGGAACAGUGGCUUGUUAAAAACACACCUGAUAAAGACUUUACUCUGACUGAGUUGGAGUUUGGAAAGCAGUACUUGAUCCGCUACAGGAUUGUGGGUAAAGUGGGAGUGAGUGAAGCCAGUGACACUAUCGGCCACAUAGAAACUGUUCCCAGGACCAGGAACGACUUCCUAAAAUAUUCCCGUCAGCUCACUCUGGAUCUGAACACAGUGAAUAAACACCUCCGUCUGUCUGAGAGCAACAGAGAGAUUACUAACACUUACCCAGAGACUCAGUCAUAUCCUGAUCAUCCACACAGAUUUGAUGAAUUUCAUGUGCUGUGUAGAGAGAGUGUGAGUGAUCGACGCUCUUACUGGGAGGUUGAGUGGAGUGGAUAUGUGUCUAUAUCAGUGUCAUAUAAUAGCAUCUGCAGGAAGGAAACGGGUAAAGUGUGUCGAUUUGGGUGGAAUGAUCAUUCCUGGAGUUUGUUCUGCUCUAUCUUCAGUUACUCAUUCAUACACAAUGACAUAGAGACUAAACUCCCUGUAAAGCCUGUCAGACAUGGUAGAACAGGAGUGUAUGUAGAUCACAGGGCAGGAACUCUGUCCUUCUACAGCAUCUCUGGAGACACAAUGAGCCUCAUCCACACAGUCCAGACCACAUUCACCCAACCGCUUUAUCCUGGGUUUACUGUUCAUACUGUAUCUUCAGUAAAACUGUAGAUGAAUCAGAACAGACUGUACAGAGAUUCUACCCAUAAUUCUUUGAGCUCAUGAUGAAUCAGUGACAGUGAGAUGUUAUAUUUGAACUCCGGCCCCUCAAUCAUCUUCAUCUGGCCCGAGAGCAACCCAACCUCCCUCCUCCUCUUUUCCUGGUGGUGCGGCUAAAUUUAAAUAAGUUUUGGUGUGCAUAUGAUACACACCACUAAUGCUACCCAAGAUUACCAAGCGUAAUAUAUAAAUGCGAAAAACUGCGUAUAAUAUGCAUGCCAAAACUCAUUUUGCCAUAUAUUUUCUAUGAGACUUCACGCACGUACUAUUGAUACACAUACUAUUGAUCAGGUUGGGUGGCCACAGUGGCGCCUGUAGCUGCACUGUUCGUACCAUGCACGCUCCUCCAACUGACCUGAGAAAAGUUUUCGGUGUGAAUAUUUCAGCAGUUAUUAUGUGUGUCCAUAUUUCUGUUGACUGAACCAGCGAUACCAGUCAUUCGUGAAUUAAUCAUUCUUAUGUCUCGAUUCUUUUCCGUGAAUUGCCCAAACACGCUUGCAUAACAAUCUGAAAUGAUUUGGAUUCGUUUGGACCGCUAUGUCACUGAAUCAUCUGAAGUUGUUUCUCAGUCAGUAACAACAAAUACAGAACAAAUAGCGUUGUUUUCAGGCAUUUCACUAGUUUACUUUGAACUACGCAGCGCGGCUCAGUGGAUAACGGAAGGAAAGCUUAAAGGAGCUGCGUUUGGUCCCAGUCAUUAUAAACGGUGAUGCGACAUCCGGUGAGAAGUGUUUCAAUUAGACACACACCUCUUACAAACCACAAAACACUCAAUGAUUCCCAACAAGACUGAUGAGGAAUACAGGAGAAACAUUGUGCCAUGAAUGAAGAUAGAAGACUUUUAAAUCCCACCAUCACAAACAUUUACCAUGAAUGAACUGUAGUAAUUUACCAUGGAUUAUGGAAAUAUAAUAUCAUUUGACAGUGGUAGUGAGUAGCCAUGUACGGUUUGAGCUGUGGUUACCAAGUCUGACUGUCAGAAUAUUUGCAUUUAAGCUUAUAAUCAUUAUAAAUAAAUAAUGUACCAAUAAGAAACCCACCCGCCACCUCAACUUUUUGAUUUGAUAAUCCUGCCCUUGAGUGAAACUACUUGAAAAGCCCUGUUAUAGAGUCUCCUUAUUAAAUUAAUACUGUGACACUGAAAUAUGUCAGAAUAAAAGUGUGUGACACAGA